ACGAUUUUGUUCUUUCACAAACAGGAGUCGAGUAGGAAGAUUGACUUUGAUCUAGUUAUGACGCUGAAAAAAAGCAGUAUCUUGUGAAUUACUUCUAGCCUUACUUGAAAGAAGACAGACAAGAUGAAACUGUCCUUUAGCCUGGUAGUUUCUGCAUUAUUUCUUGUCUACAUUGCCCACUCUAUGUGGGUUAUAUAUGGGAUAUUUUUUCCUUCUCCUUGUGCCAAAGGUCGGAAAUGCAUUUACCCAUUUAUUGAACAGAAACCAAAACCACAGUUAGAGCUGCAAGUUUUUACUUCUACAAAGCAAAAAGGUGUCAGCGAAAGUGAUCUGAAUUUGAUUUGGAGAAAUGGCAGUCUGGAUAUUGAUGAGACACUUGUAAAGGAGCUCAAUGUUUCCAUGCCAUGGAAAACAAGAAGGAAUGGAACACUCUACAUUCAUGUGUUUGUCCAUCCCAAGGGGGAAGACCCAUUUGAGAGCACAUACAGUGUACAUACAUUGGUGUCCAUGACGACAUACGCUCUGCCACAAGCAGGGUUCUUCAGUCUCCUUGGUGAUAACAGAAAUGAGAAUGAGACUUUGGAUAGAAACAUCCCCAUCAGUCAUUGGAGAAAGAAAUUGUUUGUGACACUGGUGACAGAUCCUUUAGCUAUAGACAGGCAUGCCAUACCGGCAGACCUGUAUAGAUUUAUCAGCCCCGCUCCAAAUGAACGCUACCUUCCCAUUUUAUACAUUGACCAAAUCAGCUUUAGAGUGAGAGAUUUACUGCCUAUCAACAAGAGCUCGAGUACAAUGCCCCUAAGUAUCACAUAUUCUCCCAUCACUAUAGGAAAACUACGCUUCUGGAACAAUAUCAUGGAAUCCAUGAAGAUGCUGCAAGGAUUCGGUUUUUCUGAAAAGGAUACAGAUGAAGUGAAGGGAAUCUUUGCUGAUACAAAUGUUACAUUCCUGAUGCUUACAUUUGCUGUGGCUGCCUUUCAUUUACUCUUUGACUUCCUUGCAUUUAAGAAUGAUAUAAGUUAUUGGAAAGGUCGAAGGUCAAUGGUUGGCUUAUCUUCAAGAGCAGUUUUGUGGAGAUGUGUCUCAACUAUAAUCAUAUUUUUCUACCUGAUGGAUGAGGAGACUAGUUUACUCGUACUGAUCCCAGCUGGGAUAGGAGCCAUCAUUGAGAUUUGGAAAGUAAAGAAAGCUUUGAAAUUAACAAUACAAUGGAGAGGAAUAAGACCGCGGUUUGAUAUUGGAAAGACGUCGGACCAAGAGAAAGAAACAGCAGCAUUUGAUUCUGAGGCAAUGAAAUACCUUUCCUAUGUACUACUACCCCUGUGUUUGUGUGGAGCUGUGUAUUCUCUAUUCUACACUCCACAUAAAAGUUGGUAUUCGUGGUGUAUUCAGAGUCUUGUAAAUGGAGUGUAUGCAUUUGGAUUUCUAUUUAUGCUACCUCAACUGUUUGUGAAUUACAAGAUGAAGUCUGUAGCACAUCUACCUUGGAGAGCCUUCACAUACAAGGCUUUCAACACUUUUAUAGAUGAUAUAUUUGCUUUCAUCAUCACCAUGCCAACAGCCCAUAGACUUGCCUGUUUCCGCGACGAUGUAGUUUUUGUUGUUUAUCUUUACCAAAGAUGGUUAUAUCCGGUGGAUAAAAAGAGAGUGAAUGAAUUUGGAAUAUCAUAUGAGGAUGAAGAUGAAAAGAAGAAGAACUGAGUAGCCAAAAUGUUUUUAUGUCCAUGAAUGGACCAGGUCAGAGUAUGUUUCUCAUUUUUGUUGAUAUGCUUUAUAGAAUAAUUUCUUACAUACAUUACGAGGCUUAAUUGGGGAACAUUACAGUUGAGGAAAUUAUUCCGAUGGAAAUCUUUCCUAUGGGUCUAAAAUUAUAUGAAAUAUGAUGAAUUAUUCCAUACUUGAAUUUUUUGUCUGACAUUUGUCAGCAAUGAUUAAUGAUCAGGAGAUUAUGUAAUGAUAUUAUGUACUGAAACAGAAGAUUUUAGCUGAAACAAGUUUUACAUUCCCUUUUUGAAAGUUGAAACCACAGAAAUCCAUGAUUAAAGAUCUGUAAAUAAUUAGCUUUAACUUAUUACAAUUUGGUCCCAAAAACACAAUUUAUAUCAUCAAAUAAAAUGUCCCUAGUAACAUCUUCAGACCAUUUAGAGAGUUUUACUUUGUUUUUGGAAAAAUCUAUAUAUUUUAUAAAUGUUAUUGAUUUCUUUUUACAGAAAUAUGUUCUAUGUUAUUGGUGUGCUAGUCACUGGGUUUUGUUAUGACAUAUUCUAAUUUUAAAGAUAAGCGAUAAGAAAUGAAGCUGCUACUGUAUUACUGUAGCUUUUAACAAUUUUGAUAUUAUGUUCCUUAUCUCCUCAAGGCCAUCAAACACACUGAUAGAAAUUUAAUUUGAAAGUUUUAAUGAAAUUUUCAACUGUAUGAAAAACAUUUAAAUCUUUUAAUACAAUGUAGUAUCAUUUGCCGGCUUGUUUGAUUGAAGAUCAGUAAAUACAUGUUAUAUAUUCAGUGUAAAUGUGAGUUACAUAAUUGAUGGAAGUUUGACAUUGAUUUCAUGUAGCAUUAAAAAUUAUGCAAUUAAGUCUUCAAUAGAAUGUACAAAACAUUGAUGUUAUGAUAUCUUUGAUUGCAGUUUCUCAUUUAGUAUUUAGAUUUUUUUGUGAUAUCAAAACUUGUCAUAGAUUCAGUGUUUGAAUGUUGCUACUAGAUUGUAUUGAGAUUUUUUUGUGAUAUCAAGACUUGUCAUAGAUUCAAUGUUUGAAUGUUGAUACUAGAAUUUAUUUAGAUUUUGUUGUGAUAUCAAGACUUGUCAUAGAUUCAAUGUUUGAAUGUUGAUACUAGAAUUUACCUUAUUAAUGGGAAUGUUAUGGUCAUACAUUUAGAUAGGAAAGGAAAAAAGUCGGCAAAUGUUAGAUAGCUUUGACACAAUCAUUUUAUUCCUGUCAUGCAUGAUCAUAUGACUAAAUGUUUUGUGUUUUAGUGUACGUGUCUUUGAAGUGUCUUUGUAGUAAGAUAUCAUAAAUCAGAUUUUAAUUUUAUCACUUUAGUCACUUAUUGGGUAUUAUUAGGAGCUGUGGCACUCAAGUUGUAGGAAAAUAUAUGGUGUAGGCAACUAUCAAUGACUUUUGGAAUAACUUGGUCCCAAAGGAUGCCCUUAGUUUUCAGGAGUAUCGUUUUAAAUUGUAAUAUAUAUACAUUAUACAACUUAAUUUGAAAAUAUCAAAAAUUAUAUUUGAAUACCUGCUUGACUCAGAGUAAUUUACUUAUUAACUUCGCUGGAUAACAUCCAAGAUACUUUUGCCUAUAAUCUAUAUAAUACACUGUAUUUUGAUAGAUAAAGUUAUUGUUGUAUGUAGACAUCGAAUAUGUCGCCUAGUUCCUUGAAACUUAUUCAUGGCUUUAAUGAUUUGAAUUGUUUAUAUGUUGUAUCUACGGAACAUGACUUACAGUCAAUAUGGUACAUUGUUAAUCAGAUAAUUAUAUUGUUGCAUGUUGGUGUAGUUCAUCAGACAUUCUAUGUAUAAAGUGUGGGAUAAAUUGCUUUCGUAGGAUUCAAAUCGACACAUAUAUCUCAUAUUGGUUUUAUUUGAUCAUAAUUGUACAUGCUUUCUGCAAAAUUCUCCAUAGCAAAUACUCAAAAUUUGAGCCAAUUUGGAAAUCAGCUGGUUUCUGUGUCAGCUGGUUUCUGUCUCAGCGCUUGUAUUCAGUGAUGAAUUUACAGUUAAUUUGUAACAGUGUUAUAUAUGUGAAAUCCAUGUGAAAUAUUUGUUUUGUACUUUAACUGAUCAUAAUGUAAUGCUUCUACAAUGUUUAUUGCUGAAUCUUAAAUAUUACGCACUUCUAAUUUUGUACUCUGUCCAGGAUCCUUUGAUUUAAAUGUUUGAGGGGUGUGCAACCUAAGGAAAUUGAGUAUGAAUCGAUAUUUUGAUAAAAAUGGACACAGUUUUUGACAAAAUGACCAUUAUUUCUAUUAACAGAAUCAGAUGCAGAUUAUUGUAAAUAUUUGUUUUUGUGAAUAUACCCA